AGUAACUUGCUGCCCCAGCCAGACUGGCGCCGCUAGUUUAGCCAGCGAGCUCAUGUCAACAGCUUUGCUGGAUGUUUUUCUGGUCAAAGCUGCCAAUCUGCACAUCUGUUCUGGUCCCCGACACGUCCUGUCGUUGCUGGUGAGCCGCUGAUAUUGUUGUUCGGCUAAAGACGUAGAGAUCUUGUCCCCUUCCCUGAUGCUCAGAGGUCUGAUGUUGCACGCCUCCCAAAAAUACAUCUGAAUUGCUGAGUUGAAGAUUAUUUCUUCUCCAAUUUCCUGAGAAUGAUGUGAAGCUGUGAACCACAAGAAAAGAUAUCCUCAGAACGUGUGCAGAAACGUGCAUCAAAAUGUCAAUCACCAACACGCCUACCAGCAACGAUGCCUGCUUGAGCAUUGUACACAGCCUGAUGUGUCACAGGCAGGGUGGCGAGAGUGAGACGUUUGCAAAGCGCGCCAUUGAGAGCCUUGUUAAGAAAUUGAAGGAGAAGAAAGAUGAACUUGACUCCCUCAUCACAGCUAUCACCACCAAUGGAGCCCACCCCAGCAAGUGUGUGACCAUUCAAAGGACACUUGAUGGACGGCUGCAGGUGGCAGGACGUAAAGGUUUCCCUCAUGUCAUCUAUGCCCGGCUGUGGCGAUGGCCUGACCUGCACAAGAAUGAACUAAAGCAUGUUAAAUACUGCCAGUUUGCCUUUGAUCUGAAGUGUGACAGUGUGUGUGUCAAUCCAUAUCACUAUGAGAGAGUGGUGUCUCCUGGCAUAGACUUAUCAGGACUAACCUUGACCAGUUCUGGACCCAGCUCAGGACUGAUAAAGGAUGAGUAUGAUUUUGAUGGACCCCAGAGCCUGCCCUCUGUGGAGGGAGGACACUCUCUUCAGACCAUCCAGCACCCCCCCUCUACUAGCCACACGGCCCCAUCUGAAUCAUUUGGAAACCCGAACCUGCUCCCCCCGUCUGAGGCCUCCACCUCUGCUUCAGCAGCAUCCUUUCCUGCCAUUGCUGCAGGAUCUAGCAGUGCCAACUCAAACUGGUCCAGCAGUUUCACCCCCAACAUACCUCACCACACCAAUGGUCAUCUGCAGCACCACCCUCCUAUGCCACAUCCAACACACUACUGGCCAGUGCACAAUGAGCUUGCCUUUCAGCCUCCUAUUUCCAAUCAUCCAGCUCCUGACUACUGGUGCUCCAUUGCCUAUUUUGAGAUGGAUGUUCAAGUUGGGGAGACAUUUAAAGUGCCCUCCUCCUGCCCCAUCGUCACAGUUGAUGGCUAUGUUGACCCUUCUGGAGGAGACAGGUUUUGUUUGGGCCAACUCAGUAAUGUACAUCGCACUGAGGCUAUUGAAAGGGCGAGGCUUCACAUUGGUAAAGGGGUCCAGCUGGAGUGUAAAGGAGAAGGGGAUGUGUGGGUGCGGUGCCUCAGUGACCACGCAGUGUUUGUUCAGAGUUACUACCUGGACAGAGAGGCAGGUCGAGCCCCAGGAGACGCUGUUCACAAAAUCUACCCCAGCGCUUAUAUCAAAGUUUUUGAUCUCCGUCAGUGUCACAGACAGAUGCAGCAGCAGGCUGCCACUGCUCAGGCAGCAGCAGCAGCACAAGCAGCAGCUGUGGCUGGAAACAUCCCUGGACCUGGAUCAGUGGGAGGGAUCGCUCCAGCUAUCAGCCUGUCGGCAGCAGCUGGUAUCGGGGUAGACGACCUCCGGAGGCUGUGCAUUCUCAGGAUGAGUUUUGUUAAAGGUUGGGGGCCGGACUACCCUCGGCAGAGUAUCAAGGAGACUCCUUGUUGGAUUGAAAUCCAUCUGCACAGAGCUCUGCAGUUAUUAGAUGAGGUUCUGCAUACUAUGCCCAUAGCAGAUCCCCAGCCUCUCGACUGAGAUCUGCAAAGCGGCAGCAUCACACCUCACACAGCAGCAACGGACAGACUCUCUCAGUGAGACUGAAGCUGUUCCACUUAUAUUCUUCCAGGUGUGUUUUGAGGCACCUUUUGUGCACUGUGGCCCCAAUCUUUGCUUGUAACACAUAAAUUAGCCAAAGUCAUGUAUUAAAGAUGUGUUCAUAUUUUUCAUAGAUGGCUUUGAAUUUUAAGACUGAAGUUCUAUAUCUAGAGUUAUGAAGCAUUAUGCACAUGAUCCCAUGAAACUGGAACACAACCACCAACUACUGACAAGCGGUGAGCUCAGUGAAUGAUAACAAGAGCAUCUGUAUGUGGUGUAGUGACUUAAUCAGUCAUAUUCAGUGUGAGGAUGCCAGGGCUCUGCUGGUUUUAUGGUUUUCUAGGUAAGUUCAGUCUAUUGUGAGGCUGAAAAGAAAAGCAGCAGCACUCUCAACUGUGUGAAUCACCACUGGAGUCCAUGCCAAACCCUCAAUAUCGGCUACUAGAAAGGCAGGGGGCCAUCCAGCUGGAUCACGGCAGGCGUAGUUUUCACAAGCGUUCACAAAUGUCACAAAAGAAGCCUGCCAUCACCGGAUCUGAAGCAGAGUUUCAGCUUCCUAACAAAACAUGUUUUUGAUUUUCCAUGUCAGGUUUAAUCAAAACUACAGGUUUGGGAAUUACAGGUCUGGGCUGGGUGAAUUUCUCACACACUACUGACAGCUGUUUGCCAUUUCUCAACUUAAAAAAAAUAAAAUAAAAAUUAAGAAAAUGAGAUUUGAUGUUUCUCGUUCAGCUGGAAUUACACAACAAAACAGAGAAAUGGCAGAAUUUAUCUCCGGGUACAAAGAUUGAGGUUUAUCAGUAUUUUGGUGAAACAAUGUAGGCGUUUCUGGGAAAAAUACCACAAGAAACUCGCGUGUAAACAUGAGAUGGAGAAAAGUCAGAGUCCAGUCAGUGGACCCUUUUCAUGAGCUGCAUCAUCGGGAGGAAGUUUUUUUUUUUUUAAGUCAUUCAUUGAUUAAUUGUAUUCUAAACUGGUUUUUUUUUGGUUUUGUUUUUAUUUUUAAUCUCCCAAGCAUAUCUGAAAUAAGUUUAGAAUCAUAUCCAAGUAUCUCAUUUGCAGCUCAUGUGUGAACUACUUGAUCCAAGUCACUUGUGUAGAGUUUACUGGCAGCAAAGAGACUUUUUAGACAGUACCCAACAAGUUGUUUUUUCCUUUUUUACUUUUGCUACCAUUAAAUGAUUUGUACAUUUGUAGCACUUUACUUUUUCUUGACUGAAGUCUGUAACCAUGUUUAAGAUGUCGUCCUGUCACGAGACAAGGAGUGAAUAGGUUAGUUUAAUUUAGGAUUGUAAGCAGAGACAAUGUUGUAUUGAAACAUACUGUAUGUCAUACUAGGACACCUUUUUAUUAUUUUUAUUUCAGUUUUACCAUUUCACUCACGGCAUUCACAAAAUCUUUGGGGAUCCUUUGGCUGAUCUGAGUUGCAUUCUUUUAAUGUUUUUCUUAUUUCAAGUAAAUAUUUUUUCUUUAAA